CAAUGCGCCAUCAGUGACACCUUACGGAAUUCACAGGUGGUAUUUUUUGGUCUCAAAGGAUGUCGACAUCCAAAUUUCUGUUUUUCACCUUAAUUUCAGUGAUUCUCAAAGAAAUAACAUGUGAUAUAAUUUGUUUUAAUGCUGAGGAGGAGCGUAUUGAACAGCAUUUGGCCACAAAGACGCCAUAUCGCGUUGUAGCGAAUACAAAUGACGAGAAAGUCACUUUUGACGAGUGUUUUCCUACUCGAGCGUGGGGAAUUUUUCGUCAUGGUACGAGAAAUCCCAGCAGGAAGCAGAUCUUUCGGAUAAAGACAACACUCACGCAAUACAGGGACAUUAUUCUCGAGAAAGGAGAGUUCUGCGACAGAGAUUUAGAGCGAUUUCGUACUUGGAAUUUCCAACUGGACGACGAUGAGCAGAAGUUUCUCGUUCCGGAAGGAGAAGAUGAGCUGAUAGAAUUGGCCGAGAGGAUCCAGAAUCGCUUUCCAGACCUCUUUUUCGAUCAAUACGACAACUCCACGUACAAAUUUAAGUAUACAGACACGCAGAGAGCUAAAAAGAGUGCCGAAAGCUUCGCCACUGGCCUUUUUGGGCGACACAACAUUAAACAAAUCUGGUAUCCAAAGGCUGAAAAGAAAGAUCCGAUUCUGAGGUUCUAUAAGGGAUGUCCUCGCUGGAAGUCUGAGGUGGAUAAGAAUCCCGAUGCAAUGGAACAAGUGCGUCUCUUCGCCGCUUCUGACCACUUUCUGCAGCUUCUGAAGAACUUAAGGAGCAAGACGGGGAUUGAAGAUUUAUCUGCUGAUGACGUUCAUCUCAUGUACACGACAUGUGCCUUCGAAACGGCGUGGGAUCGCCAUAUAAUCUCUCCUUGGUGCAGUCUUUUUACCAGAGAAAGCGUCAAGAUCAUGGAAUUCCUCGAGGAUCUUGAGUAUUACUGGAUCGAUGGCUUCGGAUAUGACUUGACUUAUCGCCAGGCCUGCCCAGCCGGUCGGAAUAUGUUUGAACACCUCGAUCCAUACUCAAAACUCCCCAAUAUCACCCUGUAUUUCACCCAUUCCGGGACUUUGCUGAAGUAUCUCGCCUUCCUGGGACUCUACCGUGACCAGAAGCCUCUGGUGCACACCUCCUUUGGCGGCGAGCACUCCUGGCGACCCAGCAAGAUCGACGCAUUCGCCAGCAAUCUCCUCUUCGUCACAUUCUCCUGCCCAACUGGCGCCAAAGUCCUCUCAAUGCACCAGGAACGACCUGUAACAAUUCCAGGCUGCCCAGACGACACCCCACUCUGUGAUUACGCUGUCUUCGCAGAAGCAUUCAGGGAGAGGGUCGAAUCGUGUGACUUUGACAAAAUGUGCACAAUUUCGUAA